AUGGCGAUUGUCCUGGCAGAUGCAGACUUCGGAGGAGAUUUCGAUGAAGAAGCACAUGACAGAGAUGAAUUUCACAUCGACCAGUUGGUGAAUGAGUUCGUCGAUGAACCACCAGUCCGCCAUGAUGUGUAUCCGGAGAGUGAUACCGAUGAAAACGGUGACGGUACAGAGCCAGUUCAUACACAUAUCAGGCGCGGUGAUGGGCAUUUGUAUGAUAAGCAGACAUUCUUCAGUGGAGUUGCUUUCAAAGAAGCAGUGACGGACUAUGUUCUCAGAACUGGAAACAAUUUGAAGCAAUACAGGUAUGAUAAAGAUAAAAUUGGCUUUAUGUGUGUUGGUUGUAAUGGAGAUGAUGGUUCACGGUGUGAGUGGAAGGUGUAUGCCGCAAUUCUGCCAAGUGAUAACAUGUGGAGGAUUAGAAAGUUUAAUGAUAAGCAUAGUUGUAUCCCUAAUGGAGAAUGUGAGAUGUUCAAGGUUCCACAUAUAGCUAGGUUGUUUCUUGAUAAGAUUAGAGAUAAUCCUGAGUACUUCAUGCCAAUGAAAAUGGAAGAAAUCAUAAAGGAAAGGUGGAAGAUUAGUGUCACUAGGCAUCAAUGUCAGACGGCUAGAAAGAAG